CUACGUGACGGAGCGGCGGCUGCCCGACAGCGCCAUAGACCUGAUGGACGAGGCGGCGGCUCUGCAGGGCGGCAGCGGGUGUGAGAGCGGCGGGAGCAGCAUGUACGGCUGGGUCUCCCCCACCAGCGGCUUCAUCCAGCUGGAGGAGGAGCUCCGUCGCGCGGUGGGGGCGGACGCGGCCCGGGGGCUGCGGCCGUUGGAGCCCGCCCCGCCCCGCGGGCCACCACCCGGCACCAGCGGGGACAGGGGGGAGGAGGGGGGCCCUGGGGCAGUCGCACGGGGCCGGCAGUCCAGGGAGGAGGUCCGGCAGCAGCAGCUGCUGGAGUGGUUCGGAGCGACACCCGCACAGGCCAAGGGGGGCGUGGAGGGUCAACUAGAAAUGGUCCGGGAGCGGCGACGGCGCCACGCAGAGCUCUUCGGAGGCUCGCCCGGCAGCAGCAGCUCCGUUGACGGGGCCGCCGGGGAGCCGGCAUGGGAUGAGGACUCGGCGCUAGCAGCAGAGCGCGCUCAGCCCAAGGCCUGUCCCCAUUGCGGCACCUCCGUCCCCACCCAGCCGGCCCCUGGCGGUACCAAUACGGCUUCCUGCACUGAUGGUGAUGUGGGCUGUGGAACUGGGAGCUGUAGCAGCAGCAGCAGCAGCAGCAGUGGUGGCAGUGGUGGCGGCCUCUUUGUGGAUGAGAGGGCGGUGCUGGACGUGGUGUCACGUGCUACGGGGCUGCCAUUGGAAGCCGUGCUCCGAGACCAUUUCGGGGCACCUGUACGACACCUUCGCACGGCCCUGGAGGCGCGGCUGGUGGGACAACGGGAUGCGGUGCGGGCCGUGUGCACUGCCAUACAACUGCACCGGCUGGGCCUGGCGGCGGCAACGGCGGCGACGACGGCAGCCACCUGCGCCGCCAGCCUGUCGCCGCCCUCGCCCUCUCCCCCGUUGCGCUCCUCUUCCCGCCCGGUUGCUAGCUUCCUGCUUGUGGGUCCGGCGGGAUGUGGCAAGAGCACAUUGUGCCAGGCGCUGGCGGAGGAGCUGUUCCAUGACCCGGCGGCGUUACUUGUACUGCACGGCGGCGAGUACGGCAGUCGCACCUCCGUAGCGCGGCUGGUCGGCGCGGCGCCCGGCUAUGUGGGGUACGGCAGCGGCGGCCUGCUGACGGAAGCGCUGCGCCGACGGCCCCAUUGCGUGUUGCUAGUGCAGGAGGUGGACAAGGCGCAUUAUGAGGUUCAGGAGCUGCUACGCCGCGGGCUGCAGGAGGGCGACAUCCGGGACGGCCAGGGCCGCAGCGCCUCACUCAGAAACGCAGUCGUUGUAUUUACAACUACCACCACCACCACCACCACCACCGCCGCCGCCGCCGCCGCCGUCCACACGCGAGCAAUCCAGGAGGGGCGCCAGGCGGGUGACGCGGCGACGUCCGAGGCCGGGGCCGGGAUCGCCACCUCAGGGGCAGCGGCCACCGCCGCUGAUUGGAGCGCUACUGCUGGCGCGUACGGCAUAGGCGGCAGUAGCUCUAACCUGGUCCCCGAGCUGUGGACAAGCGUUGACCGCAUCGUACAUUUUCACCCGUUGGACGAGCAGCAGCGCACAGAGGUCAUAAAACGGCAAGUGGAUGAGCUGGCGGCGCAGCUGCGGCCGGCGGGGGUAGCGGGUAUUGAGGUGGAGCCCUCGGCGGCGGCGUGGCUGGCGGGCUUGGCGACGGCGGCGGCGGGUCCACCGUCGUCAUCGCCUCUGACGCGGCCAGCAGCGGGCCACAGCGGCUAUUGUGGCGGCAUGGCAGGCAGUACGGACUUGUUGCGACGGCAGCUUUUGGAGCCUCUAGCAGAGAUGCUCGUGGAGGGUGCGGAGGCGCAAGUGGGCCCUACACUUGUGCAGCCAUCUUUCUCAGACGAUGUGGCCGCGGCGGAGCCGCGGCGAGGGGUGGUGAGUGGUGAUGGCGUGGGGAGGAGCCCCUACUACGGCGGUGUGCCACGUCAAUGGAUUGUACGGGUGAAGCUCAAUCAGGGGGGCCCCUCCGCGGGGGGCAUGGAGGCCUUGGCGCUGGAGCUGGUCGAGCUGCUGGGGCGGAGGGGGCCGGACGGGGUCAGAGCUAUUGCCGGCGGUGGCGGUGAUGAUGGCGGUGGUGAUAGCCGGUGUUUCCGGCCUUAA